UACCUUUUUCUUUUCCUUUGCUUUGUUACCUUGGACUCUUGUUUUUCUUUUAGCUUGAUCUUCUACAUCUCUCUCUCUCUGCUGGUUUCUUCUUGAGCUCCGCUCUCAAGGCAAUUGCCAUGUGGGCGUGUCUUGCGGAGCUAUGCAGAGCCUCUGCCGUUAACUACUCCUACUGGGUUCUCUUGCUCUUGGUAUUCUUGAUCGCAAGUUCCUCUGCUUGCUCUAAUGGAAAUUGCCAGGUCCUAGACGCCUGCGUAGCUGCUUCGGAUUGUGGGCCUGGUUUGUACUGUGGAAACUGCCCUUCCCUUGGCAAGAACCAGCCAUUCUGCACCAGAGGCCGAGCCAUAGUCCCUACUUCCAUCAUUGGCGGGUUGCCCUUCAACAAGUACACAUGGCUGGUGACACAUAAUUCAUUCUCCAUAGUGGAUGCACCACCUUUGCCUGGUGUGCAGAGGUUGACGUUCUACAAUCAAGAAGAUACCGUGACUAACCAGUUGAAGAAUGGGGUGAGGGGACUGAUGCUGGAUAUGUAUGAUUUCGAAAAUGAUAUCUGGCUCUGCCAUUCGUUUCGGGGACAAUGCUUCAACUUCACUGCCUUUCAACCUGCUAUUAAUACUUUAAGAGAAGUGGAAGCAUUCUUGAGCGAAAACCCAAUGGAGAUUGUGACGAUUAUAAUUGAGGACUAUGUGCACACUCCAAAAGGACUGACAACUCUGUUCACAAAUGCUGGUCUAAACAAGUACUGGUUUCCUGUCUCGAAGAUGCCAAAAAAGGGUGAAGACUGGCCCACUGUGGCCGAGAUGGUGCAGAAUAAUUACCGACUUUUGGUUUUCACAUCUGUUGCUGCAAAAGAAGCAGAAGAAGGGGUUGCUUAUCAGUGGAAGUAUAUGGUGGAAAAUGAGUCUGGAGAUCCUGGGGUUGUACGAGGCUCGUGUCCCAACAGAAAAGAAUCGAAACCACUAAAUUCCAAGAGUUCAUCUCUUUUCCUAGAGAACUACUUUCCAACAUACCCAGUGCAAUCUGAUGCUUGCAAAGAACAUUCGACGCCCCUUGCUGAGAUGGUUGUUACCUGUUAUAAAGCUGCGGGGAAUAAAAUGCCUAACUUCCUUGCAGUUAAUUUUUACAUGAGAAGUGAUGGAGGAGGUGUUUUUGAUGCCUUGGAUAGAAUGAAUGGCCAGACACUCUGUGGCUGUAGUACUAUUGCUGCUUGCCAGGCUGGGGCACCCUAUGGGUCUUGCAAAAACAUUAGUGCACCGACUAGAAGUCCAACCACGAAUACUGCCGGAAGCUUUUCUGGAUCUGUUCAGUUUACGAAUUCUGCAACAACUGUCCAUGCCACAAGUUAUUUGAUCAUUUCCACGUUAUAUAUUUCACUUCUUUUUUUUCUACUCGGAAAGUUGCAGCUGCAAGUGGCUAGAUAAUUAGGCUAAAAAGUCAGUCUUGUUUCACCUGAAGGGCUUGAGCUUCUGCUUUUGCAUGCAGUCUUUCAGUACACUGAUGUUAAACUUCAUCCCUAUAUUGGUUUUAUGAUCUGGAAAGAUGGUAGAUUCGUAGGUUGGAUAUGGGGGAAGAUACUUUCAAGUAUGGUUUUGAGGCUAAACAGAUGGUACGUGUCAAAAGCUGCGGUAGUUACUGGCUGAGGAAGAACAGGAGCGCCCGAGAGUUAGGUAUAUGUAACGCUCUUUCCUUCAAGCUAAGACUAGGGAAACAUGAUGUACUACAUUCACGGGACACUACAAUUGUCUAUGAGGUCUUUCGAUUAUUGUAUUACUGUAGUUUUAACUCAAUUAUCUGCUCGCUUACAGUCUCAGAUACGGGGACCACGAUCCAUAUUUCCUUAGUGCCGACAUCCUACAUUACGCUGCAUCAGUUCGAAUGCUGCAGAUGUAUCCUGUGUUGUUCCUCCCAUAUUAUGUGGAAGUAUAUUGGUCCUCACCCUCAGCUUAGAUUAUGUCGGAUUGAAACAGGCCCUUCUGUUUGACCUCGGAAGCUGGAUUUUUAACAGGGAUAAACCAGCAUUGGCAGACUAACCUCUUGUAAUGGCCUAUCAUUUUACUAUAUACAACUUGGAGGUUCCGCGUAUUGCGUUUGAGAU